AGUAGGUUUUUUUUUUUCAUUUUUUGACAUGCAAACCGUGAUCACGGCGCGGACUGCGAUGCGGACGACGUCGUCUGCGCUUGCAUCUGGGCGCCUGCGCUCCGGUGCGAUGCCAGCGCAUGCUACGUCCACACAGACGCUCUACGCACUUGGUCUGGCGGUCGCAGCGGGGUGCGCGGCCACGGAGACGCGUCGUCACGGCCUGGCCACAGUGGCGCCACCGAACCGCCACCACGCUUGCCCUUCUCCCUCGGCUCCCUCCUCAACGAGGCGGAUGGCUCUCCCGCGUCGUCGUCCUCUGUCAACAGACACGCUGCUCGGGCUGCACGCGGACUUGCUGGUCGCACCACCGCGGCGUCUGCUGCACAGCGCAUUGUCUGCUUCUGCUGCUGCUGCUGAUGCGGGUUCGUCGUCGAACGCUGCUGCGACCAUGGAAGACCCAGCUUCGACCGCUUCCUCCUCGUCGUCGUCCUCCUCGUCUUCUUCUUCCGCUGCUUCUGCGGAUGCGACUUCUUCUGCAUCGCACGUCACAUCAACCAUCAUCAUGGGCUCGGCGGACGGUGGGUCUGCACCUGCACCUGCACCUGGAGUACGACCAGGCACGGACGACGUUCCGCUGACUGCAACUGCGUCGCCCGAUUUGACCGCGACCUCGUGGACACCCCUCAGCGCCAGUGUCAAGGCUGUUGAACAGCAGGCCGCCAUGUCUGCUGAUACCAUUGUCGAGCAUCCCGCACCUCAUGCUCAUCACGAAGCCACCUCCGUCUCGACCGACUCUACCUCUGCUGCUGCUGCUGCUGCUGCUACUCACCACCAUGCGAAUGGCGCGACGGCUGCAGCCUCGGCAGCACCGUUGCAACUCAACUUUAACGACCCUACCGCGGCAUACAUGCUCAAGUCAACCUCCGAGCUGCUGCUGGGCGCCAUCAUCUUCCGCGUUUGCGGGAUUCGGCCCAUCGUUGCAAACGCCGAAAAGCUGCUCAACUUGUCCAAGCGCGUCUUUGGCGAAACCCUGACUAUGGCGGUGGUCAAGCACACCUUUUUCCGACACUUCUGCGCAGGCGUGAGCGCGGAGGACAUUCAGCCCGUCAUUCGAAAACUCCGUGCUGCAGGUAUUGGUUCGAUUCUCGAUUACGCCGCCGAGAACGACGUCGACGAGACGGCCGUCCAGCAUGGUGCUGAAAUCCGUAAUGCCGAACGCGAGGGUGUCACGAGCGCCCGUACCUACGAUUAUGCAGGCGAGCUCGAGUGCGAUCGCAACAUGCAAACCAUGAUGCAAUGCAUCGACACUGCCGCGCUCCAACCCGACGGUGUGUUGGCCAUCAAGCUUACAGCCCUUGGCAAGCCCAGCUUGCUGCAAAGCAUUUCCGUCAUUCUUCUCGCCAUCCGCGACAUGUGGCACGUCCAUUUUCUCACCAAGACACCAACUGGCACGCUCACGUACGACAUGUUCCACAGCGGCCUGGUCAAGAUGGGAGUCAACAUGACGGACGCCGAAAUCACCAAGCUUUUCACGCGCUUCGACACGGACAAUAGUGGCGAUAUCGACUAUGUCGAGUGGACGUCUGCUUUGCAGCUCGAAGAUCUGCUCACCCGCAAGUUCUUUGAACGUUCUGGCUACAACAUGUCGGCGUUGACUCGCAUGGGUCGGCUCCCUCUCCUGUCCGAGGAAGAAACGGGCCUCGCCGACUCGAUGGUCAAACGUCUUCGCACGUUGUGCGGAUAUGCUGCCGAGAAGCGCGUGCGUCUGCUCGUGGACGCCGAGCAGUCCUACCUCCAGCCCUGCAUUGAUCACUUUGCCAUCCAAAUGCAGCGCCUGUACAACCGCGAAUUCCCCGUCGUUUACAACACGUAUCAGUGCUACCUCAAAUAUUCUCGAGGCAACUUGCUUUACGACCUGGAGCGAGCUCGUCGCGGCCAGUACUACUUUGGUGGCAAGCUUGUGCGCGGUGCCUACAUGGUGCUUGAGCGACGCCGUGCCCUUGAAAAGGGCUAUCCGUCGCCAAUUCUCGAUACAAUUGAGCAGACACAUGACAAUUACAACUUUUGCAUCGAGCAGGUGCUUCAAAACAUUCACCGUGCCAACGUAAUGGUUGCCACUCAUAAUCAGUAUUCGAUUCAACAAACAACAGAGCUGAUGAGCAAGCUUGGUAUUGCUCCCAACAACCCUGCUGUCAUGUUUGGACAGCUUCUCGGCAUGGCCGAUCACCUGACAUUUACGCUUGGCUUGCAUGGCUACCGUGCUCUCAAGUAUGUACCUUACGGGCCCGUUCGUGAAGUCGUGCCGUACCUUGUUCGACGCGCUCAGGAAAACGCAGACAUUAUGGGCAACGCGGGCAAAGAGAUUUCCAUGAUGUUGAGUGAAGUGAAGCGCCGAAUGCACUUGACACGGUGAAGCGUUUCGCCCUGUGCCUUUUUUUUCUUCGUUUAGUUGUUGUUAUUUUGUUGGUCAAUCAACCUCUGGGUCAAAAAAUGGUGUCAUUUUCUAG